UUCUUUUCUUGGUUCGAGGGGAGAAAAGAACUAAAAGAAAGAAGCAGAAGACGAAGACGAAGACGAAGACGGACAAGAAAAAAAAUCAGAAGAAAGGUUCAAAGAAACCGCCUCUUCCAGUCUGAACCUUGUCCCCAAUCUCUUCCUUCCGUAUCCCAUCGCUUUGACCCGAUCCUGCUGUCUGCCCUCUCGCUUCCCUACGGAUCAUUCAUCAUGCAUCGCACCUAUUCUAUGCGCCAGUCGCGCGUUCCAACUGCUUCCCAGAUCGAGAACCCUCCUCCACCACUCUCUACGACCAAGACAAACAGAUGGGUAGGGAAAGGUGGCAUUGGACAUGCCUUUCGCAAGAACACCGCUGGUGCCUUUGGCCCUGAUCUCGCCCGCAAGCUCGCCCAGCUCGUGAAGAUGGAGAAGAAUGUCAUGCGCAGCAUGGAGAUGGUCUCCAAGGAGCGCAUGGAAACUGCCCAACAACUCUCCAUCUGGGGCGAGAACUGUGAUGAGGAUGUGUCUGAUAUCACUGAUAAGCUGGGCGUUUUGCUCUACGAGGUUGGAGAACUCGAGGACCUGUUCGUCGAUCGUUAUGACCAGUACCGUGUGACCAUCAAGAGCAUUCGCAACAUCGAGGCUUCCGUCCAACCUAGCCGCGAUCGCAAGCAGAAGAUCACUGACGAAAUCGCCAAGCUCAAGUACAAGGACCCAGCCUCUCCUCGCAUCGUCGUCCUUGAACAGGAGCUUGUGCGUGCGGAGGCUGAGUCCCUCGUAGCCGAGGCUCAGCUCUCCAAUAUCACCCGUGAGAAGCUCAAGGCAGCCUUCCAGUACCAGUUCGAUGCGCUCCGUGAGCACUGUGAGAAGGUCGCCAUCAUCGCCGGUUAUGGAAAGCAUCUUCUUGAUCUCAUUGAUGACACCCCGGUCACUCCUGGCGAGACCCGCCAGGCGUACGAUGGAUACGAUGCUAGCAAGGCCAUUAUCCAGGAUUGCGAAGAUGCGCUCGCCAACUGGGUUCAGUCCAAAGCGGUGGUCAAGUCCAGCCUGUCUACUCGCUCGCGCACCCUCUCUCAGCGCCACCGCGAGGCCGUCUCCAAGGCUCGUGAAAACGGCGUCGACUUGUCUGGGCAGGACCAGCCCAUGCAGGGCGAACGGGAUUCGUGGGUAGCUGCCGAGCAGCACGCUAGCUAUCAGAACGGCGUGGAUGACGGUGAAGAAGUGGGUAGCGUGGAGGGGGAGCUUCGCGGGCGGGAAGACGAUAGAGAGCCCAUUACUGCCUAAAGAUGGCCCUAAAGAUGGUAUGGUGAGGGAGAACCAAAAGAUGCCGAGCCCGCGCGAUAUAUGGGUUAAUAAUCUUGGCGCUCUUGGAUCUGGUUACAUCUACAUCGUACGCAAUUGACUCCUCCGUGUUUUAUCAGCUUCUGAUUUCGGAUCGGUAUUCCUUUUCUCUGUUGAUCUUGAUGUCUGAUUGAUUUUCCGCUGCUCUAUUUUACCCGAUGUUCUUUUUUACGAUAUGUGAU